AUGAGGAGCUGGCAGGCGGCACCCUGGGUGGCUGCUCUUGGCCUGCUCGUGCAAUUCCGCACAAUUCAGGUGGACCAGACCAUGCAGACAGCACGAGACGCUUUGCAACAGCAGCAGGGAAGUGGCGGCGCUAGUGGCGAUGGUGGUUCUGGUGGGGCUCGUGGAGGAAAGAAGAAGAGGUGGGGGAGGAGGAGGGGGGAUGGACUGGGAGCAGCAGAGGGCGAUAUAGGUGCAGGGGUAGAGGUUGGUACAGAGGGCAUGGCGGGGGUGGGUGCAGCGAUAGUAGUGGAAGGUGGUGCAAAUGCAGCAAGGCAUGUUGCUGCUGGUGAUGCAUGCAUUAGUGCUCUCAGUCUCACAGGGACAGCGGCCGAGGGUAUGGCAGGAAUGGUAGUGGAGGGGUGCGGUGUAGAGGCAGUGGAGGGUGGCAUGGGGACAGCAGCACAGGUUGCUGCAGAGGCAUACGUAGGUGCUUCUAGAGGAAGAGUGUUAGAGGGUGGUGCAGAGAAGACGAGGGGAGAGAAGGUGGGGGGGGAGCAGGUGGAAGGUGGGAGUGCAGCAGGCAUGGAGGGUGCAGCAAGCAGGGGGAGUGCAGCAGGCAUGGAGGGUGCAGCAGGCAGGAGGAGUGCACCAGGCAUGGAGGGUGCAUCAGGCGUGAGGGGGGGAGCAGGCAUGGGGAGAGGGGCAGGCGUGGUGGUGGAUGCCUUCUGUGGGGUGGGCGGCACCACCAUCCACCUGGCCAAGCGCUGGCCCCUCGUGCUGGCCAUAGACACAAGCCUGCCUCGCUUGGCCAUGCUGCAACACAACCUCUCUCUUUGCUGGCCCCACGUGCUGGCCAUUGGCACAAGCCUGCAUCGCCUGCCCGCCCAUGCUGCACCACAACCUUGCUCCUCACUCCCCACCUGCCAACCCACUCCCGCACCUCUCAGCUGCCCCCACGUGCUGGCCAUUGGCACAAGCCUGCCCCGCCUGCCCAUGCUGCACCACAACCUGACGCUUUAUGGCGCUUGUGCUCACGCUCCAUCUCUCUAG